GUCACACCUCCAGCCCUCAUCCUAUAUAAUGCUGAACCCGACCAUACCUGAUACAGGACCCGCCGACUACUACUACCCCACACAGGAAACUGAUAAAGUCUUGGUAAUCAUGGGACCGUCCUCUGCAUUCCUUCUGGCCCUAAUUGGUGUCUCCUUCAUAUUUAUAUAUGCUGGACCAGUCACUGACCCUCAAUGCCCAAUAAACCAAGAAUUCAAUAGGUGUGGCUCUGCCUGCCCAGCAAACUGCAGCCACCCUGACCCUCCCGCAUGCAUUAAGAUAUGCAAGAAGGGAUGUUUCUGCAAGAAGGGCUACCUAGACAAUGAAUUAGGAGGCUGCAUCAAAGAAGAGAUAUGCAGAGCUUGUACAGGGAACAAAGUGUACAAUAGCUGCGGGAGCGCCUGUCCUAAAACAUGCAGCAACUGGAACCAAACGGGGCGGAUCUGCACCAUGCAAUGCGUCAGUAACUGUUUCUGUAGACCCGGAUUUGUGAUCCUGAGUGAGGGUGAUGACGAGACCCGCUGCGUCCUUCCCAAGGAUUGCCCCCCUGUUAAAAAACAAUGAAACUGAAGCCUUAUGCAGGAUUACAGGAUGCUAAUAUAAAAAAGACUCUGGCACUUAUAUUAGCUGUGUGUUUACAUAAAAUACACACACAUACACACACACACACACAUACAGUAUGCAAUAUAUGUAUAUAUUAAUGUCACAUUUUAUGUUGAUCAUACACUUGGUAGUUGAAUUAUUGCAAAAUAAGUUUACCGUCUUGUGUUUUAAAGUCAAUUAUCACAGAAUAAAACACGUUUCCUA